UCUGGGUGCGGGAACAGAAACUUGCACUUGGGGCGUUCAGCUCAGCCGCCCGCCUCCCUUUUCCAUAUUAGCAAGCAGCGGAGCUAUGUGUUGUGUUCACCCCAGACGCACGGAUCGCUGCACCGACUUUACCCCUACAUUUACAACCAACCAAGAGCUUAACCAUGGGACUACAGGCCUUUCCCGAUCACCACAAGGAUCGUAUCCCAAGUAAAGCGCUUUUCGCUUGAGACGGAAAUAUAUAUCAGGCUUGUUUUUUGGGAGUGACUCACCUCCCCUUCCCCACAGAGUUUGAUUCAAAAGAGUUCACAACCAAGAUGGCCGCCGAUUCCAUGCAGGAUCACAUGGUCUCGGAUCGGCUUGGACUGGGACACAACCUUGACCUGUCUGAUACCAUGGUGCAGCAGAAGCUGGACGAAAUCAAGGAGCAGAUCAAGAGGGAGAUCCGCAAAGAGCUAAAGAUCAAAGAAGGGGUGGAGAACCUGAGAAAGGUCACCACGGAAAAAAAGAGGCUGGCAUAUGUUGACAAUAUGCUCAAAAAGUCCAACAAAAAGUUGGAAGAGCUGCAUCAAGAGCUACAGGAACUCAACGCACACAUUGUGGUGAAAGAUCCAGAGGAUCUUCUUUCAGAAUACCCUCUUACGUUGGACAGCCCGACAAGUGAAGCUCGACCAUGCACUAGCAGCAGCAGACUAGCCGCCUUGAAAAAACAGAACGACAUUGAAUUGAAGGUGAAGCAGGGGGCCGAAAACAUGAUCCAGAUGUAUUCAAACGGCUCUUCUAAGGACAGAAAACUGCUCGCAACAGCACAGCAAAUGCUUCAGGACAGCAAAACUAAGAUCGAGUUCAUCAGAAUGCAGAUCCUGAAAGCCAGCCAAACCAGCGAACUCAGUUUUGACAACCAGGAUGUUAUUGCCAAACCCAUCAUCAGUCCGCUGGACCUGCGGGUGGAGGAGCUGUGUCAUCACACACGGAUCGAGUAUGCCGUGGCCGAGGGGGCCAAAAAUGUCAUGAAGCUGCUGGGGUCCGGGAAACUGGCUGAGAAAAGAUCUCACUCUGAGGCCCAAGCCAGAUUCAAUGAAUCCAGUCAGAAACUGGAUCUGUUGAAGUAUUCCCUGGAGCAGAGACUCAAUGAGCUUCCCAAGAACCACCCUAAGAGCAGUCUGAUCAUGGAGGAAUUAUCCCUGUUGUCCUCUCCAGCCCUGAGUCCACGCCAGAGUUUAAUAUCCACUCAAAAUCAAAACAGCACUGUGAAGAACCAGUACAGCACCAAGCCAGCAGCUCUCACAGGCAAGUUAGAGGUUCGACUGAUGGGAUGUCAAGACCUAUUAGACAACGUUCCUGGUCGGUCUAAAGCCACAUCGGUGCCACUUCCAGGCUGGAGCCCGAGUGAAACCCGCACAUCGUUCAUGAGUCGUGGGACUCGCAGCAGAGGAAACAGUGCGAGAAAUCUCUCAAAGAACGACGACUUGUCCAAUGAGAUUAGUGCCGUUCUGAAGCUUGACAACACAGUAGUUGGACAGACCAGUUGGAAACCUGUCAGUAACCAGUCAUGGGAUCAGAAGUUUACAUUAGAGCUCGACAGGUCUCGGGAGUUGGAGAUCUCGGUGUAUUGGAGAGAUUGGCGGUCUCUUUGUGCAGUCAAAUUCCUCAGACUGGAGGACUUCCUGGACAACCAGCGCCAUGGAAUGUGUCUUUACCUUGAGCCACAAGGGACUCUGUUUGCAGAGGUGACCUUUUUCAAUCCUGUUAUUGAGCGGAGAACCAAACUCCAAAGACAAAAGAAGAUUUUCUCAAAGCAAGGGAGAACAUUCCUGCGGGCCCCGCAGAUGAGCAUUGGAUCCUGGGGCCUUCUGGCCAGGAGGAGGCCCAUUCCAUCUCCGAAUAACUCAUUUAGUCCUCCAGUAGCAGAGUUGGUGGCUGAUACCGGACACAGCAGUUAUCCUGGAACCUCUACUUUGAGGAGUGACCCGACAGUGACAAAACUAGACUUUGACAGAGACGCUACACCAAAGCUUUACACCCAUACUAGUAUUAGAGAAGCACUGCCAGAGGACAAAAUCCCCAGCGAAGACAGAGAAGAGGAAACUUUGAGCAACUUUGACUAUAUAAAUAACAGGAAUAGCAUCAUUGUUCAGUCUAACCUGGAAGAAGUUGUUGAGCACGAGAGCCAGCCAUCAGAGUUACAACUCAUAAAUGACACAGACAUAAGGGAAGAUGAAGAGGAAGAAGAACAAUUUCACUUCAGUCUGAAAGACUUUAAAUGUGUUGCUGUGUUAGGCCGGGGUCACUUUGGAAAGGUAUUGCUUGCAGAAUACAGCAUCACAGGUGAAAUGUUUGCCAUCAAAGCCCUAAAGAAGGGAGAUAUUGUGGCCCGCGAUGAGGUCGAAAGCUUGAUGUGUGAGAAGCGGAUAUUUGAGACUGUGAACAGCGUGCGUCACCCGUUCCUAGUGAAUCUUUUCGCAUGCUUCCAAACCAAGGAGCAUGUGUGUUUUGUAAUGGAGUAUGCAGCAGGAGGAGAUCUCAUGAUGCACAUUCACGCUGAUGUCUUCUCAGAGGAACGGGCCACGUUUUAUGCAGCGUGUGUCGUUUUGGGAUUAGAGUUUUUACAUGAGCACAAGAUUGUAUACAGAGAUCUAAAGUUGGAUAACUUACUGCUUGACACAGAGGGAUUUGUCAAGAUUGCUGAUUUUGGUCUUUGUAAAGAAGGAAUGGGUUACCAGGACAGAACAAGCACUUUUUGUGGCACUCCAGAGUUUCUGGCUCCAGAGGUGUUAACCGAAACGUCGUACACGCGAGCUGUGGACUGGUGGGGACUUGGCGUUCUCAUCUUUGAGAUGCUUGUGGGAGAGUCUCCAUUUCCUGGUGAUGAUGAGGAAGAGGUGUUUGACAGCAUUGUCAACGAUGAGGUUCGCUACCCAAGAUUUCUCUCAACAGAGGCCAUAUCCAUUAUGAGAAGGCUUUUAAGAAGAAAUCCGGAGCGACGGCUUGGAGCUGGUGAACGUGAUGCAGAGGAUGUUAAGAAACAUCUGUUUUUCAGAGAUAUUGACUGGAAUGGACUUUUAGCAAAGAAAGUGAAGCCACCAUUUAUACCCACAAUCCAAGGAUCCAGUGACGUUAGUAACUUUGACGAUGAAUUUACCUCCGAGGCUCCAGUGCUGACACCUCCCCGAGAGCCACGACCCUUGAACCAGCAGGAGCAGGAGUUGUUCGCGGACUUUGACUAUAUUGCAGACUGGUGUUAGCAACACACAUACAGACGGAUGCAAAAAAUGUGAACCCCACCAUUUUAUCUACUUGCAAAUGUCCCUGUUUUAGGAUUACCACAAGCCCAUUUGAAUUUUAACACGAUGAAGAAACUUCUAUGUAUUUUACCACCAGAUUCAGGUCUAGUUCAUCAUAAUCGACUGAGAAUAAGCACUGAUAAUGAAAAAAUGUCAUGAGGUUUUUUAACUAUAAUGGACUGUCUUAAUGUACAAAGCUCAUUGUAUUGUAGCACCAGGUGAUCAGGUGCAUUAGUAUACCUCUGCUAUCUGAUGCCCCCUUGUGUUCUGGAUGUCAUUUAGCCACAUCCACAUUUAUCUUAGCUAAUAUCAUCAGACAUGCUUCAAGCAUGAUUAUCAGUGACCAUUGAUUUUUUUUUUUUAAUGCUUUUGUAUUUGAAGUAUUUACAAUGUGACUGGUUAAAAAGUAAGUCAAAUUUUGAUGUUAAUUAUUUGUGAAGCGUUACAAAGCCAUAGACGGAUGAUAGGUACCUACCAUCAAAUUGAAUGUAAAAUGCACCACCAUUACCAAAACAGACAUGAUCCCUAGACAGUUUUAGGCAACCUUACCUAUACCCCUCACUGUGCAGUAUUAAACUAUUAUGAUCGUGUAACUGUAAGGUUACAGUGAAAACUACUAUAAUCGCAUAUAUGGCACAGUGGUCUUCACGGAAAGAAUCGUGUUUUGAUUACCAGGCUUAAGCUGUCAGUGGAUUUAUUUGUGACAGGCAAUCACAUUACCUCAUUACUUGAGUUAGGGGUUAGUUGUGGCUGAUAACUAGUGGAGAUGAGGCAUAACAGACUGGAAUCUAUACCAACACCAAAUAUCAAAACGUAAUUAUACAUUUUAAGCAGCCUAGAUGCUUAUUCGGGGAAAAAUAAUCAAAAUAACUAGGAUUGUAGUAAGCAAUAAGAAUGGAUGGGGUAUAUGAUACUUAGAAGUAUGGUAUGUAGACUACACUACAUAAACGCUAUCAAGCUGGAAGCACUAAUUCUCUUUUUUUUUUUAUUAUCCAUGGUCUCUACCAAUUACUUAGCAUGAUGCAAAGACAAAUGUUUUUAUGGUACACAACCUUAAAGUUCAACUUGACAAUGGUGUAAAUAACCAGUUCUUCUAAAACUGUUGGCCAUCAUGAGUGGAAAUUAAAUGUUUAUAUAUAAGUAACAA